AUGCACGCCUCUCCCAUCACUCUUCUCGCUCUCUCCGCCAGCGUCGUCUCCGCUGCCAACCACGUUGUCAAGGUCGGAGAUGGAGGUCUGACUUUCGAGCCCGCUGAGACCACAGCCAAGAUGGGCGACACUGUCGAAUUCCGCUUCUACAAGGGAACCCACAACGUCGCUCAGAGUGGCUUCGGCAGCCCCUGUUCUCCCAUCAACAGCACUGCUUUCUUCAGUGGUACUUGGGAUGUCAAGGAGGGCGUGAGCGACAAGGUCUUCACCCUCAACGUUACCUCUGAGGACCCUAUCUGGUACUACUGUGCUGUUGGCGCUCAUUGCCAGAACGGUAUGGUUGGUGCUAUCAACGCUCCUACCAGCGGAAACCGAACCUACGAGAACUUCGCCAAGGCCGCCGAGGAGGCUGAUGACAGCACUGCUCCCCGAUCUACUGGUGGUGGUGAGAUCGCUACCGCCACCGGCACAUGGGCUCCCUCAGGCACUGCUUCCAGCACUGAGACCGCCGCUUCCUCAACAGAGACCUCCGAUGCUAACGCUGGUCUCGAGGCCCGUGGUGAGAUCCGAUGGGGUCUGAUGGCCGCCAGCAUGGCCAUGGCCGGUCUUUUCGGUGGACUGAUGAUGUAG